CAUGUUGAGGCCGCCUGGGCCGCUCCUCCUCCCCCGCCUCCUCCUCCUUCUCCUCCUCCAGUUCGCCGCCGCCGGGCGGCCCUGUGGCCCCUCCGGACUGUCGCGGGACGUGGUGUUGGGCCGCCUGGGAGCCAACAUCACUUUGAUCUGCAGGGACGAGGUGCCCGCAAAUGUCACAGUGCAGUGGCAGGUGGAGGAGCGCGGAGCAGCAGUGCCGGGAGGCCGUGGACGGCGGCUGGCGGAGGGCAACGUGCUGCUCCUGCGGUGGCUGCGCUACGAGGACUCGGGGCGCUACGUCUGCUCUGUGGGGAGCCGCCUACUGCGCUCCCUGCUGCUGCUGGUGGAAGAGCCCCUCGAAACCCCCCAAGUGUCCUGCUACCGACGGAGCCAUGACAAGGAUGUCCUGUGCGAGUGGCCACAGCGGACGAAGCCAUCCCCGGGGACACGGGCAAUGCUCUGGGUGAAGCGUAGGUUCACGGCUGAGAACGCCACAGAGCAGCGGUGCCGCUACUUCUCCAAGGCACGGAAGUUUGUUUGCCGGGUGAAGGUGCCACCUGGCACCGAGGAUACCAAACACCUUGUGGUGUCCACAUGUGUCAGCAACAGCGCCAGUGGCUUGGCCGGCAAAGACAAGAUCAUCACCCUCAGCAGUGUCCCAGUGAAGCCUGAUCCCCCCCUCAAUGUGACGGUGGAGGCGCUGGAGAAGGCGCCUCAGUGGCUGCGGGUCAACUGGUCCUACCCCUUGUCCUGGGACCCCCGUUUCUACUGGCUCCGCUUCCAGGUCCGCUACCGCCCUGAGCCUGCCCCAGCCUUCAUGGAGGUGGAUCAGGUGACGACAACGUGGCUGGACAUUCGUGAUGCAUGGCGGGGGACGAAGCACGUGGUGCAGGUGAGGGCGCAGGAUGAGUUCGGCCAUGGCACAUGGAGCGAGUGGAGUCGGGAGGCUGUGGGCACCCCCUGGACAGACCCCAGGGACUUCACCUCUGAAAAGGGACCUUUCAGCUCACAGUUCCCCUUGGAAGAUGACAGCUAUGAGGUGACACUGCCCCCAGAGCUCUUCUGGGAGGACCGUGCUGAUGGUGCUGAUGGGUCUGUCAUGGAACCCAGUGCCCACCCUGUGGCAUCCCCCUAUACCUUCCUGGUGGCCGGAGGGAGCCUGCUCCUGGGCAUUGCCCUCUUUGUUGGCAUCGUGGUGAGGUACAGGCAGAUGUGGUGGACAGGCAGGCAGCGGGGGACCAAGCCGGAGGGCGAGGGGCAGCAUAUGCUGGUCCCCCUGGGCCUCCCUAGACCCCCACUCAGUGACACCCCCCUGCUCUCAUGCCCCACCCCCACGGCCCCUGGAACGCUCCACAUCACCCACUUGGACUAUUCCUCUUCAAGGCAGUAGCCAGGGGCUGAAUGUGCUGGCAGGUGCUUUGGGGGUCAGGUGGGGGUUGCUCGCCCCAGGAUUCCCAGGGCUGUGAUGUGGCUCUGGGAGCAGCUCCCCCCACUAUCCGGUGGCUCUGUGGCUGGGAGCAGCCUCUGAGGAGGGGAAUCAGUGCCACCCCUGUGGAGAAGCAGUUGGGGGGGAGCCCCAAACUGGGUCCUGGAGGGCACCUUCAGAGCCAUGGCUAAGCUGGGAUGGGCGGUGGUGGCAGCACUGGAAACAGGGCUGUGCCGGAGCGUGGGAGCCGGCCCGGGGUCAGGUUUGAGGAUCCCAGGGGAAGGGCCUAGUCCCUGCAGUGCCACAGGGGUCAGGGAGGGAGGGGGGCCUGGCUGGAUCAGCCCCAUACUUCUGCUCUGGGCCCCCCGGGGCUCCUUUUUAAAGCAUAUGUUGGGGAAAUAAGACAAUGUGGCUCCAAUAAAUGCUUUGGAUUUGUA